CGCCGUUUCAGACUGUAUCUCGGACCACCAGGCGCAUUGCCACCAUCUCGUUUGUCUAAUCCCCCACGCUGCUAGACCUGUUGCAUCGUUUGCAUCCGUCCUACGCUCACUGUCUUGCGACCACGACGCUGUCCCCUCCCCCCCAACUUUUCCACCUCAACCCACCACCCCCCUCUGCAACCCAUUUUGCGACAUCACCAUCUCGCCCUCCCCUCUGCGCUGGAGACCAGUGCUGGCUGGUCGCCGCACACAGGCGGAGAAAAUGGACCAUGGCGCGUGCAACGUAGUCUACAUUGACCGACGGGCCAACGACGAGCAUGUGCGCAAAGAGAACCUGUCCAAGUCGCUUGUCGCCCGGACGAGCACUGGAAAUGUGGGCCAGAGCUACUUUGCCAUGGGCAAGACGUCUCCGCGUGAGGUCCACGACAAUGUCGAAGCCAUGCUGUCCAUCUCCACCGAAGUACACAUCUGCAGCACAGGCCGGGCCUGUCUCCAGAAGAUCAAUCAACUCAUUGAUGACACCAAGACCGCCAUCCCUACCUUUGUCAUAAUAGAUAUUCCCUUUGAUGAAGAGCAGCGCAUGAAACGCCUAUCUCGCGAACCACGCACGCCCUCGCCCACGUCGUCGCGCAUGAACCGCAUGGACACUACCGAACCAGACGACAUCUACGCCAUGCACCUGCUCACUCACAUCGCUUCUGAGAUAUCGUCCCGCAAUUUCUCCAAACUCGUCGUGCCAGUAGUCAUGCUGUCGGGAGUCACUCUGGACGAACCAUCGACAUCGGGUCCGCUCCCUUCGCCUGGUCUCCACAUGUCGUUUCCGCUUGGUGAUACCGUCCGAUUAACGCGUUAUCUCGAUGCCGGCGCUGUCGACGUGCUGACUAGUCCCAUGUCACGAGAACGUAUGCUUGGCUUGGCUGUCCACGCUUAUCGGUUACAAAAAGAGUUCAACCGGGAAGAAGCAAGUUUUUUGACCACUAAGCGCAAUCGGAAGCUGUCUUGGGUCGGCGUCGACGAUGCGAAACCGUAUGCUUAUCUGCGCGAGGCCAUGGUCUCAAAUCUGAUGACUGGCAUUUGCAAUCCGGAAACCGUGGGAGAUUCUCUCGACUCCAUGGACUUUCAUCUCGACUACGACCGCAAGAUACUCGUUGAAAACGCAGUGGGCGUCUGGGCAUUUUCGGCUCAUGAUUUUACUGACGAUGAGCUGCUUUAUGGCGCUUUGGUAAUGCUCAAGCAUGCGCUGCAGAUGCCCGAGCUGGAGCGAUGGGCAAUCACCGAAGACGAGAUGAUUGUCUUUCUCUUGGCCAGUCGUACGGCAUAUAACGAGUUCGUCAAGUACCACAACUUCCGCCAUGUUGUCGAUGUCCUCCAGGCUCUUUUCCACUUCCUCGUCCGAAUAGGUACCCUGCCUAUGUAUCCACCCGACGCACGCAACGUAUCUGCCCCCAAGUCGCCGAUAGCCUCACUUCUCAAGCCGUUCGAUGCCCUCACGCUGCUGAUUUCCGCCAUUGGGCACGAUGUUGGCCACCCCGGUGUCAAUAACGCGUUCUUAGUUGCAUUAAAUGCACCGUUGGCGCAACUUUACAACGACCGUUCCGUCCUGGAAUCAUUUCAUUGCGCCGCUUAUUCGCAGAUUCUACGGCGAUACUGGCCAAGUGCAUUCUCCGACACCGCAAUGCGCAAGCUAAUGAUCAACAACAUUCUUGCAACCGACAUGGGUCUCCAUUUCAAGUACAUGAGCGAUUUGGGCAACCUGCAACAAAAAGUCGCUCACGACCAAGGAGCUGUGGACGGGUGGAGUGCCAAGGUUCAAGAAGAGCAAAAAGAUCUGACCUGCGGUUUGCUCAUAAAAUGUGCCGAUAUUUGCAAUGUGGCACGAAAAUUCCCAACCGCUGCUAAAUGGGCCAAUAUCCUUACAGACGAAUUCAGCAAUCAAGGACUCAUGGAAGCCGAACUCGAGAUGCCUUCAUGUCUUUUUGGAGGGCCACCUGUGCGCGAAGACAUUGUUAAGCUCGCUGAGUCGCAAAUCGGGUUCAUGAACAUAUUUGCCAGGCCACUAUUCGAAGCCGUCACGGACAUUCUACCCGCCAUGCAAUUCGUUGUAGACGAGAUUCUGACCAACAAGGCUAUUUGGGAAAAUAGAAUAGACGAGGAGCGCCGAAAGAAGAGGAAGAACAAGAAUAUGAACCUUGGUCUACUGACAUCAGGGUUUUCUGUCGAUCCAACCCCGAGCCCACUUUCAGGAGGACCAAACAAGUCGCCCUUGAAGAUACCCCUGAGCGCGAUCAAGACCAUUUCUCCUGAAGAAGCGGCUCGCCGAGGAUCGACUGGCUCAAUACAAGCUGUAGCUGCGGCAUCCGACUCAAGAAGAUCAUCCAUCAUCGACAGGAGCUCACGGCGGUCGUCUACUACCCCUGUACCAGGCCAAAGACCCAUGGGCUCUAGCGAAAAUGUGACCUCAUCCAGAAGGGGCAGUCGGGACCCAAGUCUUACAGCGAUUUUGGUCACCCAGACUCCAAACGCAUCCGACCAAGCCACAAAGGGGCAGGGUACAGGUCCCGAUGAUCGCUCCAGAACGGAUCGCAAGGACACAUUGACAAGACCUUCUUCAAUGAUCAAGGAUAGAGAUAGUCCCAGACCUGUCACCGCUCCAUCGCAUGCCAGGCGCAGUCAAGCUCUCGAUCCUUAUCCAAUAAAACAACCAUCGCCUCAGAGCCACUCCCAGGUUGAUCUGUCUCAUAGUGAGAAUGGAAACCUCGAUGGCUCAAAGCUUCAGCCCUGGGACACUAACAAUAAGCUGAGCGCAGAUGGCAACGCAGCCCGUUCCGACGUCUCGCGCGACUCCAGCUGGUGGCGACAAAUGGGUUCACGACGACGUACUCGCGACGGGAGGAAUGGCGAAAUGGAAGCGCGAACUCAUGUCAAGGAAUCUACACCAGAGUCUCUGGUCCCUCCAAACGCCGAUUCGCCCACCGUGUCCCCCACCUGUUCGAGCCCCGGCCGGAAAACUACAACAACGGGCAAGAUCAUGAGCUUUUUCAAACGAAAGCCAAACAGCCAAAGGGAGCAGGCAGAGAAGCAGUUGUCUAGUUUUGGCAGUUCUUCACAGUUGCGAACCCCACAGACCAGCGACCCAGGCCGAUCACUCAACAGCGAUGAUUGAUUUCAGCAUUCCUUUUCUACGCCUCUAUUGACCUUACAUUAAUGACAAACGCCGCAUCCGAACCACGGUAUUUCCUUUAGUCUCAACAUAC